AUUUACAUCAAAAUUAGUUAGUCGCCAGCUCUAGUAACUGUCGGAAUAAAAUAAGGAUGUCGUUCCAUUGCUUACUUGUAAUUAGUUUAUUUCUAUCGCCAGUAAUCGAUGGCCUCAGUUUGACGACAAAUUUUAAAUCGGAAUCCGACGAGCGGUUUAUUUACUCGAGUGUUCCAACCGCAUCUGCUGCUUCAAAUGCAAGUAAAACAUGUCUGCAACAUACAGAAGAAUACCUAACGGCGCUACGUAGUCGACUUCCAUGGGCAGUCAAAAUGUACGAGUCCUCCGGGAGACUGGUGGAAGAUUUGAUUUACAUGGAAGGAAGCGAAAUCCUUCACCACGAACCAGGAUUGUUUGAUGAAUGUCUAUCGGUUCAAUCCGAUGGAAUUCCUUUCCAAGGUCAAUAUUGCACCGUCUUCUUUGGACUGAAAUUAAUUGAUCAAAUAAACGGCAAUCAAAGCUACAUAUCUAACACGCCAAGGGAAGAAGAGCACAAUGGACGAGUCGAACAUCUGGAACAUCUCUACUUUUACCAAAGGCCCAGUGUUGGUUUCUGUUUACCGUCGACCUGCAGUGCAUGUGAUUUAACAUCUGCAGUUUCCCAACAUGUUGGGCAUCGCACUAUCAAAGGAACAAAUUAUUCAAUAGUCGCCAUCGCCAACGAGAAUCACUGUUACACUCAAGAGAAAAUUAACAUCAGUAGGACGACGUUUGAUAACGUCACUAUCGCCGUUAUGUUCGCAUUUUGUCUUUUGGGCAUUACAGUCGCAACGGCGACAGUUCACGAUAACUGGAAAGGAAACGAUUCCCGACAAUCGUUCGCUAUUCAGUUGCUUUACUGUUUUUCCGCUAGAAAAAACUGCAAAACUUUAUUCUCGACUGAAGGUGCAAAAGAUAACUUAUCGUGUGUAAACGGUAUACGAGUUUUGUCAACUUGCUGGAUUGUUCUAAUCCAUGUUAGCGCUGCGUUUACGUUUUCAAGAUUAAUAUACAACCGACAAAUGGCUGUUGAGAAAACAUUACAACUGAGUUAUCAGUUCAUAACAAAUGGAUUGUUCGCAGUUGAUACUUUCUUUUUACUGAGUGGCCUCCUAGUUGCAUUUACACAAUUGCGGCAAUUAGAUCAGAAUAACGGAGUUUUCAAUCUCAAGCGAUUUUAUCUCCACCGCUACAUCAGACUUACCCCAGUGUAUGCAGCUUUAGUGGCGUUCAUUUCGACACUGUAUCCGUACGUGGGAACUGGUCCUGACUGGAAUUUUGUGGUACAGAAGAGCAAAGCUUUAAGAAAAUCCUGGUGGGCCAACUUGAUGUACAUCAACAACUUUGUGAAACCAGUAAGAAACUGGGGGACAAAUCCUGAAAUGCCUUCCCUAGAGACUUGGUAUCUUGCCUGCGACAUGCAAAUGUUCUUGAUCAGUCCGCUCUUCAUUUAUCCAAUUUGGCGCUGGAAGAGGGCCGGAAUCAUUUGGACAGCGUUAAAUUUUUUAGUUAUGUUGGGAAUAUCCACGAUUGUUUUUGUUGUUCACAAUCUACCACCAACAAUCUUUUGGUUCAGACCAUCUGACGUAACAGAAAUUAAUGUCUACGCAGAUAAACAUUACUCGGAAACAUUUGCACGGAUGCCUCCAUACCUUAUAGGAAUUCUAUUAGGGUUGCUACUCUACAAGACGAAGGAUAAAACAAUCCAUAUCAAUAAAUUUUUGGUAGCUGCAGGUUGGAUCAUAGCAACACUAUUGGGAUUAAUUGCAACUUACGGAAUGUUUCCUUAUCUGGAUGAGGCCACAGUUCCAGUCAUCGACCCGUUUAUUCGGGUUUCCUACGGAGUUUUGAAUCACUCGGCUUGGGCGAUUACCAUCGGUUGGAUCAUAUUCGCCUGCACUCACGGAUAUGGAGGUUUCGUCCACCGAUUCCUGUCGUGGAAAUUGUUCAUUCCGUUAAGCCGGUUGAGCUAUUCGGUUUACUUGACUCAUCUCAUUUACACGUUUGCUUACAUAUCUCACCUGCGCAAGCCUUACUACUUUACUGAAAUUUCUGGAGCUAUGAAUUUUGCCGGCAUUUUGGUGAUCUCGUUCCUUUUGGCGUUUGUCGUUUCUGUCGCCGUGGAAAUGCCGUUCGUCAAUUUGGAUAAACUUCUUUUCGCAGGCGAUUCCAAGUCUCUACAAAGAGGAAAGAAAAAAACAUAAGAGCUCACGGGUUGCAGCCGUAAACAAUCUGGACGUACACGAAAGAUCUAGAAAAUCAAUAUUUAGAAUUGGAGAUAAUAUGUUAUAGAUAAUAACGUUUCCAUUUCAUUUAACACGAUUCCAAAUGAAAAUGUCUGAAUGGAUUUCGAUAUACAUACGUAAUGAUAACAUAAUAUUAGGUUUGUUAUCA